UAUUGACAUGCGAACUUGACACCUUGUGUCCACACUUCAAUGCUGCCAGGCUCUCAGCGUCCAAGCUCUUCUCCUUCUUAUAUUCUCAGGCUCCGCUCUCCUCGAUUUCUGGUUUAAACGACUCGAAUUUGGUAUCAAAUUGUUCUUCUGUUCCCGAAGAAUCCACAGGACGAAGAAUGUCAAGUUCUGAUCCAGCUGUUCGUCCACAAGCCAACGAGAGUGGAAACUCAGGAUCAAGGAGGRCCUCGAACAAGAGAGAGUCCAAGACUUCAUCACCACGAUCCUCUAAGAGUAUCUCCAGUGCAGCGAAGAGGAUUCAAAGAGAACUGGCCGAAAUCACAUUAGAUCCACCACCAAACUGCAGUGCUGGUCCCAAAGGAGACAACAUAUUCGAGUGGUAUGCUACUAUUCUUGGUCCUACUGGUUCUGUAUACGACAAGGGAGUUUUCUUCCUCGAUAUUCACUUUCCUACAGACUACCCCUUCAAACCACCAAAGGUAAACUUUAGGACAAGAAUCUAUCAUUGCAACAUUAAUAGUCAGGGAGUAAUCUGCCUUGACAUCCUCAAGGACAGUUGGAGUCCAGCGUUGACCAUAUCAAAGGUUAUAUUAUCUAUUCGUUCAUUACUCACAGACUGUAAUCCUGCUGAUCCUCUGGUUGGAAGCAUCGCCACACAGUACCAGACAAACAGAGAAGAACACGAUAGAUUAGCUGAAAAAUGGACAAAGAAAUAUGCAUCAUAACUAACGUUCUAGCGCCAUUUUCACUGGCCCUUCUGUUUAAUCGUUAUAGUCAGUACUACGAAGUCGACACUUUAUGUAAAUAGCAGGUUGAGCCAUUGUAUGAUAUCGCAAAUGGAUAACUGCAUACCCCUGCAAAUAACAAAGUUUAUCAAACUGCUAGUUGUGUAACAAGCAAUACAUGAUGAUAAAUACGUUUAAUUAAUCACCUAUAGCAACGAGCUUUAAAGUAAAUCGAGAACUAGCUUCAUGCAAAGAAGUGAGAGAAUUUUAACUCUACUAUACAAAACUCUUUCCUAUUAAGGAAUCCUUAAAAUGGUCCACUUCAUCUKUAAUAUUGUCGUAUUCGACUCGUAGCUCAUGAAGUUGAAAGGCAUUAUUCUUUUCAAUAUAAGGGAAUUAGUWGGAUAAUAUUAGGGAAUUACAAAAAGAAAUGUC